AAUAAUAAUUCUAGUGAUUAUGUUGAAAGUAAACCUUAAUUUUCUGUCACCGACAAUCACAGUCCUUUUUGCAUUAUUUCUCAAUUUUUAGUUCAUCAACGAUCAAGAAUACUUUUUUCUUUUUUACAGUGAUUAUGUUGAGAUUUCCUAUAAAAUUCUCUUUUUAUUUGCAAGGAAUCUACAACUCUAGUGUGAAUCAGGGACAUUGUCUUUGAUCGCAGGGUGUUCGCUGAAAUGCUUGACACAAGCAUGCAGGCGCGGGAAGCUAUCAGCUUUGAUAAACUUAAAUCCCACCGCAUCUUCCAUAGGCGCCAACAUAUGAAUAACUAUUCCUAAAACGAGGUCAGCCAUGCCAAUUCCAUUAAAAAGAGGCCUAAGCUAAGCUACCAAGCAAAGAGGAAGAAGAAGAGAUGGUUUCAGGGUGAGGCAUGUGCUCCAAAAGGGUAGCGGUGGAUGCAAGGCAUCACAUGCUGGGAAGGUUGGCUUCCAUAUUGGACAAGGAGUUGUUGAAUGGCCAAAAAGUAGUGGUGGUGAGAUGUGAAGAGAUAUGCAUGUGGGGUGGAUUGGUUAGCCAGAAGAUGAAUCUCAUGAGGUUUCUUAGGGAGCGUAUGAACACUGAUCUUGCGUACCAUUCGCGGGAUGAUUCCUCGCAAAGACUAAGCACGGAGUGGCAGCUUUCGCUGGUGUGAAUUGAAGGCUUAUGAGGGGAUUCUUGCACCAUAUGAUAAGACUAAGAGAAUGGUUAUUCCUGAUGCUCUCAAGUUUUGCAGUAGUUAUCCAACAUUGAAUGCUUAGGACUUGGUUUGGAGCUUCAGGAACUACUGAUGAAGAAGUUUAUGAAGACAUCAAAAGAGUCAUUUCAUUGGUUUGGCAGUUCUAGGACUUGGUUGUCCUUUACUCAGAGCCAGAGCAGGUAGGUUCUGUUUUUACUUGGCUGUUUGUGAUUGAUGUUUGUUGCACCUUUUCCCCUCUCUUUUGUAACUGUAUUGUAGCUUUGGGUCAGUGGUUGGGCUAUGAAUUUAUGAAUAUCAAACUGUUGUGUCUGGUCAACAUUGCAGACUCCUCGAAUUGUCUCCUUACCGUCUGAGUCUUACAACCUACCAAGACAACACCGAACCAAACCUUCCGCAUACAGAAGAAAAACAUUCCUUGCAAUAAAAUUAAAAUUGAUACAAAAACUACAACAUCCAUAGGGAAGCAUCAAAACACUUCAAAAAGAUAACCACAAUGACACUUGCGUACACCACAGCUCAUAACACAAAUCGAAAAAGAGAUCAACUUCAAGACAUCAUCUCAUGUUAUCAAUUUGUGAGCAUCCUUUAGAAAUUAAAUAAACACCAUAAAAGAAGCAUCCAACAAAUUGGCAGCAAUGCAGUAACUGCAAACCUAUUGCCUCCGUGACUCUUUAAUUACAACCCCAAAUAUCAUAUGCCAAAACAAGGAGCAACAUCAAAAUCUUCAUAAUUAAACACUCUUGAAAGUUGCCUACACACCCUCUUUACUCAUCCUUAGGUUAAAACAUGUUCUUAUCACCCCUAAACACCACCAGUCAAAAUCAUAUCUUACUCGAGUUGAAAACACCUCCUAGUUGAAGAGAAGACAAUCGAAAUCAUCCUUAACCCACCAACCCUUAUCCAACAUCGAUCAAGAGGACACUAAACAUGAUUCCAUAAUAAGCUUGUUAAAAUCCCUCAAGAAAGGAAAGCCGGAUCAGCAGCAUUCAACAGUGUUCCUCAUCAGUUAUGGCCGUCGAUGAUGAACCUCAGCCCCCUCAGCCUUACGAGUUCACAUCCUGAUUUCGCUUGGAUUUCGUUUCGAUGAUAGUUUUUAGAGACGAUUUGUGUUCAGUCACAUUCUUUAGUUCUGGAGUUCUCUACUAAAUCAGUUACAUUCUUUCUAAUGUUCUUUCUAGGAAAAUCUUGUCAUAUACAUGCUCAACCAUUAGGGAAUUUGACUUUGUUGCCUAAUUUCUUUUUGUUGAUGUUCUCAAUUCUUUUCAUAUUUUUUUUAAAUCAUAUAUAUAUAGGUUACAACAAUGUGGCAUAGCUUUUAAAUCAUUAUUUGUCACGAUAAUAAUAUUUAGCAUGUUGAUUAUAUUUAAAAAUUAAUUCAAGAUAAAUUCCUUAUAAAUAUUGUCAUGUAAUUGUUGAUGCUCUAAAUGUUGAUAUGCAUGAAUAUAUUAAAUAUGCACUAAAAAUGUAAAAUUAAAAUUAAUUAUAAGAAAUAUAAACUAUAAAGCAAAUUGAAGCAAAUAUAUAGUAAAAUUUUCAACUUAAAAUAUAUAUUUAAAACUUAAAGUAUAUUAUUAAAGACGCAUUUUAAUAAAGAUUGAUUAAAGUAAAUAUAUUUCAAAUUUUUAAUUAAUUUAAACAAAAUCAAUUAUAAAAAAAUUAUUAUUUUCUUUUUCAAACCCUAACAAAUUUAUGGGAAAAUUGAAUGUUCCAUAUUCGUAUCCUUAGAAUGGAAAUGCUGGGGUAUUAUGGGAAAAGAAAUAUUGACAAAUAGUCUCACAAGUCAAGGACGAAAAUGAUUCUUCUCUUUAAGGACAAAAGCAAGACCUAAGAAAGUAUACCAUAAAGCGUGGAGUAAAGUGAAGCAAACUCGAGGGUUUUCUUGUAAUGGAUGUGAGUGAGUGUGAGAGUAGGACAGAGGGGGAAACCGUGGAACUUCAACAUUUCAGUCAUCCACAUCCUUUGGUCUCCUUCAAAUAUCAGACUGUUGCACGCGAAGAAGUAGACCCAGAAGCAGCUCUUUGCCUUGGGUGUGAGAAACCUGUAGAGGGCUGGAGCUAUGGCUGCAAUCAAUGUGAGUUUUAUCUUCACAAGGGAUGUGCUGAGUUAGACUUAGCCCCCAAGAUUCAGCAUCCCUUCCACCCCGAACACCCUCUCACUCUUCUGCCAAAAUCACCUUAUUCUGGGGGCUUAACCGCGUGCAGUUUUUGUGGUAAGAAUUUUGAGGGAUUUGUUUAUAAUUGUUUUGAUUGUGAGUUCGAUCUGCACAUCAAUUGUGCUUUGCUUCAAUCAUCCAUUGCUACAAAUUUUCCUCAUUCUUUGCACCACCAUCCUUUACACUUCAUUCAAAACCAUAACGAGGAAGUUGAGCGCGAUUGCUCCGGAUGUCAGAAACCAUUAUCUGGUCCAAUUUACCAUUGUUUAGAUUGUUCUUAUCCUACAUUCUUUACUCUUCAUAAGGAAUGCGUUGAACUACCCCUAGAAAUUAAUCACCCCUGUGACCGUAAGCAUCCCCUUACUCUUUUGCCUCAACGACCUGCACAUCCCGAGAAAUGUAGUUGCUAUUUGUGCAAAAUCCAAUGGAGCGGGUUUGUUUAUUCCUGCUCGCUUUGCAACUUUGAGCUUUCAGUUGAUUAUAUUUUUUCACCACCAACAAUCACCAAUGCAAGCCAUGAACACCCGUGGAUGCUUAUAUCCAAAAAAAUGUCAUUUAUUUGUGAUUUUUGUGGCAUUGUCGGAGAUCACUCUCCCUAUCUUUGUGCUACAUGCAACCUUGCUGUACACAAGAAUUGCAUUUCAUUGCCACGCAACAUCAGGAUAACACGACAUUGUCACGUGAUUUGUUUUUCAUAUUCUUUUCAACAAAAUCAAGUUGAAGAUUGUAUGUGCAGAAUUUGUUUCACGGAAGUUGAUACAAGUUAUGGUAGGUAUUGUUGUUCUGCUUCUGGUUGUGAUUAUAUUGCUCAUGCACAUUGUGCAACCAAUAAAUCAAUUUGGGAUGGAACAAUUAUCAAGGAAGGCUAUGAUGAGAGGCUUGGACCUUCGAAUUUGAUCACUGAUGUUAUUGAACAAAUAAGUAUUGAAGAGAUUAUGGUAGCAAGUAAGAUCAAACAUUCCUACCAUCAUCAUAAUUUAAGACUCACUUUUAGUGGUGAGAUCAAAGAUGAUAGCCAGUGUGAUGGGUGCAUGAGGCCUAUAUCAACUCCUUUUUAUAGUUGUGAGCAAUGCAAGUUCUUUCUCCACAAAGAUUGCGUUGAAUUGCCUAAAGAAAUGCCACACCCAUUUCACAAGCAUUUGCUUACUCUCUCAAACUCCCACGAUGAGAAUGGUUGUUCAUGGUGCACUACUUGCCGUCGUCUGUAUCAAGGAUUUAGGUACAGAUGCUACAAAGGAGAUUGCUACUUCGAAAUUGACAUUCAAUGUAUGUUAUUGUCGGACACCUUGAAGCACCCAAGUCAUGAGCAUUCACUCGUUCUUGUCCACAACGAGGGAACGAGCUGCAGUGCUUGUUUCAAAAAUUUACUAUCAAUGGAUGUUGCAUAUAGAUGCAUGAAGCGCUGUGAUUUUAGUUUAGAUGUAGGUUGUGCAUCACUACCACUCACUGCUUGGUACAAGUAUGACAGGCAUGCUCUUACAUUGACUUUUUCUGAUGAUUCUGAGCCUUCUCAACUUUACUGCGAUCUCUGCGAGAAAGAAAGCCAAAUUGUUGGUUUUACUACUGUGCUGAUUGUGAUAACUCUCUUCAUCUCAAUUGUGCUCUUGGGGAUCUCCCAUAUAUGAAGCUUGGGAACAAAAUCAAAGGUACAGGUCAUCGACAUCCACUCACUGUUGUGAAAAACAUCUGGAAUUGCCCUCCAUGUAAGGUAUGUGGUGAGGUUUGCAAUGGACAGGCCCUAGAAUGUAAAGAAUUUGAAUGCAACUUUACCGUCCAUUCGGUUUGCUGUUGGUUUCUCUAUGAAUCAUCUGAAUGAUAUUCCACUCAGUUUAAGAAACAGAGAAAGCACAAUACGAGAGGUGUGUUGUGUUGUGUGGAAGGGUGUAGCAGAUUUGGUAAAAAUGGGUGAUGGCCUUAGUUGUUGUAUUUUGCAUUAUGUUAUGUUUAUGAUAGUUGUUUGCGCAGUAGAAGGUUGUGUUAGAUGAAACAUGUAUCUGUAUCUUUCACUUUUUUAUUUGAUUCUUAUCCUUUCAACUUUUAUCUAAAAUUAUUGAUGAGAAGAAAAUAUUUUUAUUA